GGUGGUCACCUCGGGAGUCCUGAACGGAUCUAAUCUAGGGCUGGGGAAUUCAGUGCACCCAUUCACCUCAAAACCCACUUUGCCUCUCUUAAUCUGGGCAGAUCUGGCUGACCAGUCACAACUGAGGAUCUAGUCCGUCAGCAAGUGGGUGGGGAAUUCAACCCCCUGGGAGAAGAGUUGCUGCAGCGUUGGAGGAGGGCAGAAGGCGGGGUAAGUUUGGUGAGAAACUCUGUAAUUUCCUUUUUUACUUUCACAACAAUAGUGCAGAAUCCAGAAUGGAUGUCCUCUUCGUAGCCAUCCUUGCUGUGCAACUUAUCCUAGGACAAGAAUAUGAGGAUGAAGAAGGACUGGAAGAGGAUGAUUAUUAUCAGGUGGUCUAUUAUUACACAGUCACUCCCAAUUAUGAUGACUUCAGUGCAAAUUUCACUGUUGAUUACUCCAUGUUUGAAUCUGAGGACAGACUGAACAGGUUGGAUAAGGAGGUAAGGGAAGCAGCAGAGACCACCAUUAGCCAUGAAACAGAAGGUGCACACACUCAGAAGCCGGAAACAGUGAAACCAAUGACAAGGGAACCAAGUCCAGAUCUGAACGAUGCUGUAUCCAGUCUGCAGAGUCCUGUUCCCCUCCUCCUGUCCUGGGCCCUCGUUCAGGGGGGGAUGUAUUUCAUGUAGAAGGAGAAAGAAGGCUGCUACAACUCUUUUGAUGGGGAUUUGGGAAGAGGAAAUUGGAAGAUAAAUAAAUGAAAUAACCUGG